ACAGCAUUGAGUGGCACACCUUCCACCUUGGCACUUGCUGCACUGAAGCCUGGCUGCUGCCCUGCAUCCUUUGCUCAGCUGGACCAACAUGGAUCAGGAAAAGGAGCUGCUAAAAAUCACCAAAAAGCUGGAGAAGAUGGUGGCCAGGAGGAGCAUGGAAGGGGCCCUGGACCUUCUGAAGAAGCUAGACAGCUAUCAGCUGUCCAUCCGGCUGCUACAGACAACCAGGAUUGGGAUUGCUGUUAAUGGUGUUCGCAAGCACUGCUUAGACAAGGAAGUGGUAGCCUUGGCCAAAGUCCUCAUCAAAAACUGGAAGCAGCUGUUGGGUUCCCCAGGAUCUCCCGAAGGAAAAAAAGGAAAGAAAAGAGAAAAAGCAAAGAAGGAGAAAGUGCUUGCUUGUUCAUAUUGGAAGCCAGAAGCAGCCCUUUCUUCACCCAGGGGGAAAGGAAGGGAAGAGCCCAAGAGCAGGAGAGAUUCUGUGCACUCCAAGGCUUCCGGCAGCUCUCUAAAAAGGCCAUCGAUGAAAAGAUCAAACAGCAGCAAAUCAAAAGUGAAGACCCCUAAAACACCCAGCGAUUCCUCGACAUUUGCACCCUCCCUCUGCCUCUUGUCUCCCUGCUAUCUCACAGGAGACUCUAUCCGGGACAAAUGUGUGGAGAUGCUGUCAGUGGCCCUGAAGGCAGAAGAUGAUUACAAGAAUUAUGGAAUCAACUGCGACAAGAUGGCAUCAGAAAUUGAAUAUCAUAUCUACCAGGAGCUCAAGAGCACUGACAUGAAAUACCGGAACCGGGUGCGCAGCCGUAUCAGCAACCUCAAGGACCCCAAGAACCCUGACCUCAGGCGGAAUGUUCUCAGUGGAGCCAUUUCCACGGGACUCAUUGCCAAGAUGAUGGCAGAGGAAAUGGCCAGUGAUGAGCUGAGGGAGUUGAGGAAUGCCAUGACUCAGGAGGCCAUCCGCGAGCACCAGAUGGCCAAGACCAGUGGCACCAACACCGACCUUCUCCAGUGUGGCAAGUGCAAAAAGAAGAACUGUACCUACAACCAGGUCCAAACACUCAGCGCUGAUGAGCCCAUGACUACCUUUGUCCUAUGCAAUGAAUGUGGGCACCGCUGGAAGUUCUACUGACAGCUCCACCCACCACGAAGCAGUGAAGGAGGUGAGGAAGAACAAGGAAGCAGCACUAAACCAGCUGACCGGGAGGAAAAAAAAUGAAAAUGAAAAAAAUACUCAUCUCUGAAUGAGGCAGUAGCGAUCAGAGGGAGAAUUCUUUUGCCAGUUAAUAAUCAGUCAUUCACAGUGAUUGGCUAAUAGGAAAGCAUAACUGCUGCAUCCAUCAGGCUAAGAAUCUGGGUUGGCAAACUUCUUGUAGAAAAUCAGAGCAUUAUUGCUGAAGAGUCACAUCUUUGACAAUGAGCUGCCUGGCCUUUGCUUUGGAGCCCUUCCCUCUCAUCCAAAUCUCUCAAUCCUUUCCUGAGUUGAAAAUUACCGGAGAUCUGGGGGUAUAAUUCAGGAUAAGAAUGCUUACCUAGCACAUGUGAAGCCCAGGUUCAAUUCCCAGCACUGUAAGAAAGAAAGGAAGAAAUAAAGCAAGAAAGCAGAUCAGAGUUGGGGUGUAGCUCUGGAGUAGAGUACAUGCUUAGUAUACUUGAGGUCCUAGUUCAAUCCCUACCACCAAAAAAAAGAAAAGAAAGAAAAAGGGAUGAGGAUAUAGUUCAAUGUGAAGAC